AUGUCCUUGUGGGUCCUCCCUGCCUCUUCUGAGCACAGUGACACACAGGUGUGGUCCUAUAUCGGGGUUGCUCCAGGGUCGGGGACCCUGGACCCCUGGCCCGAGACAAUGAUCCCACCGGGGGAGUGCCUGUACGCCGGGCGGAAGCGGAGAAAACCCGUCCAGAAACAGAGGCCCGCCCUGGAGUCUGAGAAGUCCAACCCUUCCAAGCGGCACCGGGACCGCCUCAACGCUGAGCUGGACCACCUGGCCAGCCUCCUGCCGUUUCCGCCCGAUAUCAUCUCCAAACUGGACAAGCUCUCCGUCCUACGCCUAAGCGUCAGUUACCUCAGGGUGAAGAGCUUCUUUCAAGGGUUGGCACGGUGUCCCAGGCCCCCACGCUGCAGUUUACAGGGCCCAGUGGUGACCUUGGCUGGGGGGAGUGGUGUCUUUCAAUGAAAUCUUAUUAUUGAGUCUCUCAAUGGCUUUGCUCUGGUGGUGAGCGCGGAAGGAAUGAUAUUUUAUGCAUCAGCUACGAUCGUGGACUAUCUGGGCUUUCACCAGACAGAUGUGAUGCAUCAGAACGUGUUUGACUACAUCCACGUGGACGACCGCCAGGACUUCUGCCGGCAGCUGCACUGGGCCAUGGACCCGCCCCCAGCAGCGCCAGGGCAGCCGGCCCUCCGGGAGACAGGUGGGUCCACAGGGGCUGUGGGUGACGGGCUGGAGGGCACAGGGAAAGCUGAGACCCUGCAGAGGCUCCCCACGGCGUCUCACCGCCUGUGCGCGGGCCAGCAACCGGCUGUGGUUCUGCGCAUGCGCACUGCUGGUUACUUGCCUGUGCUGUGA